CCGUUAAAGACAAGAAGCAGCCGCUCGCAUCCCCGCAAGGCUGCACCUGCAGGUGAGGCGAGGGGCGGACAUGGGCAACUGCCUGACCGUCGGUCCCAACGAAGCCUUGGUGGUUUCCGGCGGCUGUUCGGGAUCCGAUUCCAAGACCUACGUGGUGGGCGGGUGGUCGUGGGCUUGGUGGCUCCUCUCCCACACGCAAAGAAUGACGCUGGAGCUCAUGACGCUACAGCCGCGCUGUGAGGACGUGGAAACGGCGGAGGGCGUGGCCAUCACCGUCACGGGCGUGGCUCAGGUGAAGGUGAUGACGGAGCCGGACCUCUUGGCGCUGGCGUGCGAGCAGUUCCUGGGCAAGUCGGUGGCUGAGAUCAAAGGCGUGGUCUUGCAGACACUGGAGGGACACCUACGCUCCAUCUUAGGGACCUUGACGGUGGAGCAGAUCUACCAGGACCGAGACCAGUUUGCCAAGUUGGUACGGGAGGUGGCGGCGCCCGACGUGGGUCGCAUGGGCAUCGAGAUCCUGAGCUUCACCAUCAAGGACGUCUACGACAAACUGGACUACCUGAGCUCGCUGGGUAAGACCCAGACGGCCGCUGUCCGGCGAGACGCCGACAUCGGCGUGGCUGAAGCGGAGCGGGAUGCCGGGAUACGGGAAGCCGAGUGCAAGAAGGAGAUGAUGGACGUCAAGUUCCGGGCCGACACCAAGAUGGCCGACUCCAAGCGAGAACUGGAGCUGCAGAAAGCCGCCUUCAACCAGGAGGUCAAUACCAAGAAAGCAGAGGCCCAGCUGGCGUACGAGCUGCAGGCGGCCAAAGAGCAGCAGAAGAUCCGCUUGGAGGAGAUGGAGAUCCUGGUGGUGCAGCGGCGCAAGCAGAUCGACAUCGAGGACAAGGAGAUCCGGCGCGCCGACAUGGAGCUCGUCGCCACCGUCAAGCGGCCCGCCGAAGCGGAGGCCUUCAAGAUGGAGCGGCUGGCCCAAGGGCACAAGAAGAUGCGCGUGCUCAUCGCGGAAGCCCAUGCGGAGAAGAUCAGAAAGACGGGCGAGGCGGAGGCGUCCAGGAUCCGGGCGGUGGGCAACGCCGAGGCGGAGAAGAUGAAGCUGAAGGCCGACGCUUACCGACGCUACGGCCACGCCGCCAAGACCGCCCUGGUCCUCCGGGCCCUCCCCGAGAUCGCCGCCAAGGUGUCGGCGCCGCUGGCCAAGACCGGGGAGAUCGUCAUCCUGGGCGGAGACGGCGGACGCGACCGGCUGCCGCCCGAACUGAUGGCCGACGACCUCACCAAGAUUGGGCUGCUGCAGAAGAUGGCCAAAAGUAGCGCGUGAGCGGUGGCGGCACUUGUGACGCUCGGCCCGAAAUCGCCUUGGUGGCGGCGCCUAAAAUCUGCUGGCGGCACGUGACGGCGCACUUCACAUCCGAGGCAGCUGACUUUGUUGAGAAGUACUUUCAUGAUGAAGGCUUUUCUGUCACUAUUUUGGGAUGACUGUGUCCAAAAUCUGCUCUAUCAUUUCAAAGUCACUCGUUGUAGCAUCUUGAAGUGUUUUUGUACAUUUGAUGGCGUAUCCUUUGACUGACAGGAAGCCAGUGCUCACCAUUUCACGACAGAUUAUCCACUUGUGUUUUAGAUGAACUAUAACAUCCUGAUUGGUUUUUGGUGAAGACCUGUAAAUAAUCCUUUGCACUCAUCUAUUCUCUAAAGGAAUGUGUUGAUCAGUUUCUUCAAGGAAAAGAUAUUUAUAGCAAAUAGUAUCUUUUUAGAAUGUAAUCAGCUUUCUAAAAAGUACAACCAAAUACAAUUUGCUACAUUACUGGCUGACUUUUAACUGCAAUAUUUUUAGACCUGGACAAAGACUGUUACCGUAACAAACAUUGUGAGUGUGCUUGAUGCAUUGCUGUCGUAAAAUACCGUGAACAUGUAACGGUGACGAUGAAGUUGUCGCGUUGUCAUCUGGUGACAGAGACUACGGUCACGUGAGCCUUUGUUUGGAAUAAAAAGUCAUUUGGCGGGGAAUCAAUGCUA